AUGAAAGUGGUAGUCGGGAACGGAUGGACCUCGGUCCUUGGGGUUAAUGGGGGCAGCACGCCCGGCGCCGCCCCAGGCCGCCAGGCGUGGUUCCUCUCCAAGGAGCUGGUGAGGAAUUGGCAGGGGGGCGCCCAGAACGUCGUAGCCCAGGCUUUAGCGGCAGGGAUGAUGCAGCGGGUUGUCACAGGACGGGGCCGCGACCAGGGGGUUGACGUCGGGUCUUCUCCCAAAGCCAAAAAGAGUGCACGCGACAGGGGCUUGGCAACUCCGGCCUAUUUGCGACAGCUACCGCAAUACAGAUGA